AGGGAACGUGAUUGGCUACAACUGGCCUAAUUGGCGUGUUGAUAGCCAAUGAGAGCUGUUUCUAAGAUGGCCGCUCAGAGAGAUGACGCAGCGUAUUGGCGCUCCACAGUGGGAGCGCUUGCUGGACGUCGGGGGCUGUCCCGGGGUGAAAACUAAACAGAAAAAGGCGGGGAUAGUUUGAUUGUGUAGGCAGCAACAUGAGGAAUACAAACACACCCAGCAACACGGUGCAGGCAGAGGAGACGGAACGAGGUCGGCACAUGAAGUUAGCAGCGAGUUAGCACGGACUCUACAGGACAAUACUCCCAACCUGGAUGAAUUCUUUACAUCUGGGGACACUUCCGGACUACAGGAUUAUUAAUAAACCAGGAAAGGACGGGGGGUGAAGGUUUAGGAGCGCCUACAGCCUACCAAAAGCACCUUUAGCAGACGGCAAGAUGGCGACCAGAGCAGGAAAGAAGUGCAAGAAAGAGGAGGAGGAGGAGGAGGAGGAGCAGCAGUCUGCAACAGCAGUGAAAGAGGAAGAGGAGGAGUAUGUGGUGGAGAAGGUUUUGGACCGCAGAGUGGUGAAGGGAAGAGUAGAGUUUCUGCUGAAAUGGAAGGGGUUCUCAGAUGAGGAUAACACAUGGGAGCCACAAGACAACCUGGACCUGGACCUUACCACCGAGUACAUGCAGAAACACGAGGAGACGGAGGAGAAGAAGAAGAAGAAGAAGGGGGGCAAGAGGAAAGGUGUCAGGGAGGAGGAGAAACGGAGAGGAAGAGGAGUCAAACGUCACCGCUGUCAGCUCUGUGACAAAUGUGGAGCAGCUUUUACAUUACAGAGUGCCCUGAAAAGGCAUCAACGCAUUCACACUGGAGAGAAACCGUACAGCUGUGAUCAAUGUGGGGCCGCUUUCACACUACAGAGUUCCCUAAAAACACAUCAACGCAUUCACACUGGAGAGAAACUGUACAGCUGUGAACAGUGUGGGGAAACUUUUGCUCGUGGUGAUGCCCUUAAAUCUCACCAGCGUAUUCACACUGGAGAGAAACCUCACAGCUGUGAACAAUGUGGGGAAACUUUUGCUCGUGGUGAUGCCCUUAAAUCUCACCAGCGUAUUCACACUGGAGAGAAGCCGUACAGCUGUGAACAAUGUGGGGAAACAUUUUCUCAUAGUGGUAACCUUAAAUCUCACCAGCGCAUUCACACUGGAGAGAAGCCGCACUGGUGUGAAGAAUGUGGGAAAAUGUUUUCUCGGCGUGAUCACCUUAAAAAACACCAGCUUAUUCACACUGGAGAGAAGUCGCACUGGUGUGAACAAUGUGGGAAAACGUUUUCUCGGCGUGAUCACCUUAAAAAACACCAGCGGAUUCACAACGGAGAGAAGCCGUACUGGUGUGAACAAUGUGGGGAAACGUUUUCUCAGAGUAGUAACCUUAAAAGACACCAGCGCAUU